CAGAGACCAUGUCUCCAAAGCAUUAUCCAAAGGACAAAUUGUGUGUUCUUACCUGGGGUGCAAAAGUAUUAAAUCCAUCGAUUCUGUUCAAUUUUAUAAUUUUCCAAUCCAUAACAAUGAUCUACUCUACAAGUGGACUCACUAUUGUGAUGAACAAUUCCUUCCUAAUUUAACAAAGAGUGAAUUGUCGAAUAGAGCAGUGUGUGAAAAACAUUUUACUGAUGACUCAUUCGAAGAGGCAUCCAGAAAAAUAAUGAAAGGAAAUGCAAUCCCAAAUAUACCUCGUAAUAAUAAUGAUGUUGUUAUACAAACCCCACCACCAAAGUUAUAUACCAAAGUUAGUAGGCCUGUACAACAAGUGGAUUGUCCAAACUCAUCUGAGAUUGAAAUAGAGACGUGUCAGCAAAAGGUCAGCAAUGAAGAAAUUAAAGAUGAUCUGACCAGUGUCGAUACAUCAUUUACCACUGUCAGAGCUCCUGUAAGAACAUACAAGCGUACUGCUCCCAAACGUCAGCAUACUGCUUCUAUUCAGGGACAAACAAAAAAUGAAGAACAAGAAAUUAGACAAGUGGCAAAGUUUGAGAUAUCAGAGAAAUCAAAAAAAGAUGCUAAUCAAGGUUUUGAAAUAGUACGCGUUCAAGAUCUAGAAAGAAAGAAAGGUAUAGAAGAUAGAUAUAGAAUGAAUGAUAUAGAAAUCAAUGUCAACAUUAACGAUUUGUUAACCAGUUCAGAAAAAGAGCCUUCAACAUUGAUCUCCACUUUGCUUGAAAAAUUGCAUAGCUGCUUCUAUUGUAAUGACCUAGUUGCUGAUAUGAAAACACAUCUUGUUUUACAACACCCUAAAAAAAAAGAAGUGCUAAGUGCCCUUGCAUUUGGAAAGCAUAAAAAAGAAAAAAUGUUGACUCUUUUAACAAGAGUUGGUGAUUUUAAGCAUAAUUGUAGAGUCCUUGAGGCUAACACUGGUUUUUUAAUAUGUUUAGGGGGCUGGCAUCACACUUUCUUUACUAUUGACAAAAGCAAAUUUUUGCCAUGCCCACUAUGUGCUGCUUUUAUUCAUAUUGAUUGUUUUACUCAUCAUAAUGAAUGCUGUAUGUUUAAGGAUGUCUCAGAGACAAAGGUACAAGAGCCGGAAAAGAAUUUGUUAAUGAAAAGUCAGGCAAUGUUGAGCCAUUUAAAGAAAAGUGAGGUCAAAAAGUUAAAAGAUCAUUAUUUCUACAGAUUGAAAGGAAUAUUUGGUUCCCUUGCAAAAAACGAUGAGUUGAUAAUGUGGAUUGUAUCAUAUCUGUUUAUCAAUGAGAGGUGUAGAGAAGAAGGUUUGGUGUUGUUGACAAGACUGGGAUUCAUCGUUCACUUGUAUAGUAGGGUGACUGGAAAUUCAGAAGGGGUUAAGUUUGAAAAUAUUUUAAGACCUGACAGUGUCUAUGCUCUUUUUGAAGCGUUGCGUUAUUUUUUGAGAGAAGCCACAGGCACAGGAACUACUAACCUUUAUAAACAAUUAUAUUCACACAUUUCAAUAAGUGCAUUUGUAUGGAGAGGGGAAUGUUUGUUCAGGGGUGAUUUGGAUGCUGCAAAAGAUGCAAUAAACUUUUUUGACGUUUUCAAUAACAUGUAUGAAAAAGAACUUAAGUCUGACCCCACUCUACAACUCAAACUCUCUACUCAAAGAGAAGUAAGCUACAAACAAUCAAAGAAAAAGAAACCUGUAGUUGACGUGAGUAACAUAGAAAGAUUAAAAAAUCUAUUAAAUGAGAGCAUAGUUAAACUGACAGAUGCACUGUGUAGCAAAGCCAUUUCAAAUGAAGCCAAAGCUGUCUGGCACGAGCUUGCUGCUGACACAUUGUGUUAUUUGUGUUUGACCAAUCCAGUGGAUUUCACGACUAUUGAACAAAUAUCAGUUAUAGAAUAUGCGUUACGACCUGACAGCUCAAUACAAAAUCUAGUCAAGUGCAACAAGAUGAUGCCUCUCCUGUUUAAAUUUUCAGAAAGGUGUACAUUUGUCAUUACUGUACACCAUAACAGCGAAAUUGUAAUCAUACUGUCAUCUGCUGUGAAAAAUGCUAUAGACACACUGUUAAAGAAACGUCAAGAAGCUGGCGUUUCUUUGACACAUCGUUACAUUUUUUCUGGCUGCUCUGGAUCUGAUACUAGAACUCUGUCAGCUUUGAACUGUUUUUGCAAUUUAUGCCUGAAUCAAAAAGAAGGUUUAUCACCUGAUGUUUUGGGAAAUUGGAAGAAAAGACGACUAAUUUCAAAUAUUAUACACAUAUCUGAGAUGCCUCCUAAAGAACUGGAAUCUGUAAAGAAAUAUCUUGAGUCCUCCCGUGAUAAUCAGUCGACAUUACAAAUUGACAAUGAAGAAAAUCAGGAAUUUGAAAUGAGAGAAGAGUUAGAAGAAGCCUUGAAAAUUUAUGAAUUCAGCCAGAGUAAUCAAGAGAUUGUAUUUUCUGAUGAGACCAGUUGUUCCAGUGAAAGCAGUGUUAAGGGAGAGAGUAGUCCAACUCAAUAAAUAUGAGAAGAGAAGAGACCAAAUUGACUGGUCAACAUGUCUCAAUGUUCCUGUAACCAAUUACAAAGUAUAUAUUAUUCUAGUUCUAAGGUGACAUUUUUAUAAGACACUCAAGAUAAUUUGUGCAACUGAUUCAAAAGCUCCUGAUUUCGUUUCUCCUUGCAUGUAAUGAUUGUCUUGAGAGUCUUCACCACCCCUCUAAAAAAGGGCAAAAUAUAUCUUUUGAUUUAGCUGUUUCCGAUACUAUUUGUCGAGACUGAAUUUGGAAAAAAAACCUUUUAUUUCUUGUAUAGUCGGAAGUAUGUAUCAGAGAAACUCAAAUAUAAAUAUAUUUUUAGUAUUGUAAAAACUGUUUUUAGGGCCAAAAAUGUAACAAAAAUUGAAAUUUUUACAAAGCUUUAAAUAGAUUGGUGCAGUAACUCUUUUAGUAAAUGAUAAUAAAAUAAAUUAAAAGGAUUCGGCCAAUAACGUCGGCUGAAUCAGCUAAAUAAUAAUAGACAAUUUUUCUCCUUAAAAGCUCGUGGCUAUUGUGUAGUAAUAGCUGUUUGCAAAAUGUCCGGCCAUUAACGUCUUGUCAUUGACCUUGACACACCCCAGCCCCACAUCCCGCACCUCAGCAGCUUCAUUCUAUUGAUUUCAGGCUAAUAAAACAUAUUUUUGAUCUCAAAGUUACUAUGUAUUCCCGUCAAAACAUUAGUUGUAUUAUUAACUAAACCCCCUCGCCUAGGAGUGAGUGAGAUUUUGUAAGCAUUUGAAAUGCUCUGUACCUGUUCUCCAUCAGCACUCUGUGAAUGCUAGGAACAGUAUACUGUUCUGUAAGUAAAACUCUUGUAGUGUGUACAAAUAUGUUUUAUACAUUUUUAAUAAAUAAUAUGUAUCAAAUAA